CACAUUAGUCCUGUCUGUGUCUCCGGCGUUGACCAGUUACGGACAGCUCUCCUCUGAGUCUCUUAUUGCAGUAUUAACUGAUCACACAAGUGCUGGACUUGACUAAAAGACAUCUUGUCUCUUUGUGUCCCAGAUUCAAAGGGAGGACACCUGUAAGGAUCAUUUUUGCCAGGACUUGGGAACAAGUGUCUGGAUCUCAGCUUGGAAUAUCUUCUUUGCACUGGACCUGGUCUAAAGGAUUCCAUUAUAAUUGGUGUCCAUUUCCUCUAGCCAUCUAAAGUUCGUGUACCACUGAGUGGGUUUGAAAUUGUGAGGUUGUGUGUUUUAGGGAUAAAUAGGCAAAGAGCUGCAGUGCUGGACUACUGCAGUGAUUCCAGGUUAAUUCCUCAUUAGCUGGCCCGGUCCUGGCUGUGAACAUGGCAUCGUUGAGAAGUUUGAUUCUUGCAGUGUUGCUGGCGCUGCUCUGCACCUUCCACACCCCUUUGGCUCCAACUGCCAAUGCUCAGGAUCUGCCACUCCGCUAUGAGCAAGGUCUGAUGGCUGAUCACGACGACAACGACGACGAUGAUGAUGACGACGAUGAAGAUGACGACGAUGAUGAUGACGACGAUGACGACGAUGAUGAUGACGACGACGACGACGACGACGACGAUGAUGAUGAUGAGGAUGAUGACGAUGACAAUGAUGAUGACGAUGAUGACGACGAUGAUGAUGACGAUGAUGACGAUGACGACGAUGAUGACGAUGACGACGACGACGAUGAUGACGACGAUGACAACGACAAUGACAAUGACCAUGACAACGACAACGACCAUGACAAUGACAACGACAAUGACAAUGACCACGACAACGACAAUGACAACGACCAUGACGACAACGACAACGACCAUGGCAACGACCAUGGCAACGACCAUGGCAACGACAACGACAACGACCAUGGCAACGACAACGACCAUGACAAUGACCACGGCAACGACAACGACCAUGGCAACGACAACGACCAUGACAAUGACAACGACAACGACCAUGACAACGACAACGACCAUGACAACGACAACGACAACGACCAUGACAAUGACAAUGACAACGACAACGACAACGACCAUGACAAUGACGACGAUGAUGAUGAUGAUGAUGAUGAUGACGACGAUGAUGAUGAUGAUCAUGAAGAUAAUGAUGACGAUGACGAUGACGAUGACGAUGACGAGGAUGGGGCUUAUCAUAAGGGCUCUGUGUGCUCAUAUUGUGAAUUCUGUGAGCACUGUGACAGCUGUGACAAAUGUCCCUGUAAAGAGGGAGACAAAUCUGAACACUGCGAUGACUGCAAGAUGUGCAGUUACUGCCAUGUGUGUCCUGCUUGCCAAACUCUUUGCCAGCCCGGGGGUUUUCUUGAUGAAGUGACUGGAUCUAUCUACAAGACUGUAGCUGAUGUCUUUGAUGAUGGCAAUGAUGACAACUGAGCCCGUAUAUGUUGCCACCAUGUGGCCAAACUAAUAUGUUUCACCUUCACUUCUGAUUUUCAUUGUUAUUUUUGUCUUUUUCCUUGAGAACAUUUAACAUGUGCUCACCAAUGACUGAAUAGAAGUUGUUAAAGGAAUAACUAAAUAUAUUUGUGUACUGUUGUGAACUGACAAGUCGUACUGUACUUUUAGGAAACUGAAUUAUUUGAAGACAUAUUUGGAAUAUGUUAAAUAAAAAGAGAGGACAUUUUCACUAAUUGA